ACUCCAGCCCCUUGGUGCGCCCGGAUAUUUAAGGGGCGCGCCAGCCCCGCAGCGCAGCGGCUGGAGUGCCCCCUUCCUGCACGCGCGCACAGCACUCACCGACCUCAAGGUCCGCACCGCCCGCACGACCGGCACGCACCGCCCCGCGCAGUCCGUCCACGCCAGCCAUGAGCCGCCAGCUGUCCCUGUAUUCCGGCGGGGAGCGCCCGGGCUUCAGCGGCUCCUCAGCCGUCGUCUCGGGCCGGCUCAGUAGCAGCUCCACCUCGUUCCGGGCCGGGGUCAAGGGCGCGGCGGCCUUUGGCAGCAGGAGCCUGUUUUGCGUCGGGGGCGGCCGGCGCCUGGCGCUCAGCGCAGCGGCGGCUGGGGCCGGGCGGAGCGGCGGCCGCCUGGGCGGCUUCGUGGGCACGGUCUUCGGCAGCGCUGGGCUGGGACCUGCGUGUCCAUCCGUGUGCCCGCCCGGGGGCAUCCCUCAAGUCAUCGUCAACAAGAGCCUGCUGGCGCCCCUCAACCUGGAGCUGGACCCUGAGAUCCAGCGGGUGCGCGCCCAGGAGCGGGAGCAGAUCAAGGCGCUGAACAACAAGUUCGCCUCCUUCAUCGACAAGGUGCGCUUCCUGGAGCAGCAGAACCAGGUGCUGGAGACCAAGUGGAACCUGCUGCAGCAGCUGGACCUUAACAUCUCCCGGAGGAACCUGGAGCCCAUCUACGAGGGCCGCAUCAGCACCAUGCAGAAGCAGCUGGAGAUGCUGUCGGGCGACCGGGUGAGGCUGGACUCGGAGCUUCGCAACAUGCGCGACGUAGUGGAGGACUACAAAAAGCGGUACGAGGUGGAGAUUAACAAGCGCACGGCCGCAGAGAACGAGUUUGUGGUGCUCAAGAAGGACGUGGACGCCGCCUACAUGAACAAGGUGGAGCUCCAGGCCAAGGUGGACGCCAUGACGGACGAACUCAAGUACUUGAAGCGUCUCUAUGAAGGGGAGAUCGCUCAGAUGCAGUCCCACAUCAGCGACACGUCCGUGGUGCUGUCCAUGGACAACAACCGGGACCUGGACCUGGACAGCAUCAUCGAUGACAUUCGUGUCCAGUACGAGGACAUCGCCCAGAGGAGCAAAGCUGAGGCCGAGGCAUUGUACCAGACCAAGAUCCAGGAGCUGCAGGCCACAGCGGGCCAGCACGGCGAUGACCUGAAGCUCACCAAGGCCGAGAUCUCGGAGCUCAGCCGGCUGAUUCAGAGGAUCCGCUCGGAGAUAGGGAACGUGAAGAAGCAGUGCGGCAACCUGGAGACAUCCAUGGCGGAUGCCGAGCAGCGAGGCGACUGCGCCCUCAAGGACGCCCGGGCCAAGCUGGACGAGCUGGAGGGAGCCCUGCAGCAGGCCAAGGAGGAGCUGGCCCGGAUGCUGCGUGAGCACCAGGAGCUGAUGAGCGUGAAGCUGGCGCUGGACAUGGAGAUCGCCACCUACCGCAAGCUGCUGGAGGGCGAGGAGAGCAGGAUGUCCGGUGAAUAUCCCAAUUCCGUGAGCAUCUCCGUCGUCAGCAGCACCAGCGCGGGAGCAGGUGCAGGCUUUGGUGUGGGCUUCGGCACCUCCAGCACAUACAGCUACAAGCCUGUGGCAACCGACAUUAAGACCAAGGGGAGCUGUGGCAGUGAGCUCAAGGACUCCCUCGCCAAAACCUCUGGUGGCCCCGGUGUGACCAAAAAGGCCCCCAGAUGAUGGACAGGCGGACCCUUGGCUCGGAGCAUGCGGGAGGCUACAGGGCCCGUCCACCUCUUCCCUGUCUCCCUCCCACCCCUCCCCAAGGCAGGAGGUGCUUUCUCUAGUGUCCCUACCCCGACUCCGUCUCCUCCCUCUGUCCUGCUCACAGGCGGGUGUGCUGAUGGGGGCAGCCCAGGCGCCGGCCUCCUCGGUGGCCUCCCCCUUUGUCACUGUUCAUGGGUGCCUCCCACGCACAAAGACCCAGGGUGCUUCUGAGCUGUAGGCCUGUCUCCUCGGACCUUCACUGCCAAGGAGAUCUCCCCAUCCUAUGGUUGGUGUUGGGUCCAGUUCUCUGCUUCUCCAGCAAUAAACCAUCCAAGCCA